CCAAAAUACCUUUGUGCCUAUCCACUCACAGAACAAACUAUAAAAGAAAAUGUGAGUGGUUUUGAAAAACUUGGUUUCCCUCAGUGUUUUGGAGCUAUUGAUGGGUGCCAUAUUGAGAUCCAAGCCCCAGCUCUGGACUCUGUAGAUUACUAUAAUUAUAAGGGAUGGCAUUCAACUGUAUUGCUAGCUGUGGUUGAUUAUCGUUACAGAUUUCUUUUCAUAAAUGUAGGAGCUCCAGGUCGCUGUAAUGAUUCCCAAAUAUACGAAGAUUCUUAUGUAAGACAACAGCAUCGGCAACCUAUUCUAAAGGAAAUGUCAAAAAAUGUAUGUGGUGUGGAUGUUCCUGUAGUCCUAAUUGGAGACUCAGCUUUCAGAUUUUCUGAAUCCUUAAUGAAACCAUUUCCUUUUAGUACCGCAGCUACGGCAGAAGAAAAGAACUUCAACUACUCUCUGUCAAAAUGUCGAAGAGUAGUUGAAAACUGUUUUGGACAUUUGAAAGCAAGAUUUAGAAGAAUUGGAAAGGGUCUUGAUAACCGUAUUGACAACAGUACCUUGAUCAUAAAAGCAUGCUGUGUCUUACAUAAUUUUAUGAAUGUCAAUAACGAUGAAAUAAACCUUCAAUGGUUGCAGAAUACAAACAAUAAUCCGCAAAGACAACAACCAGAACAUUCAACGCAGAUAGAUAAUUUGAAAAGUUCACCUUCAAUCAUACGAAAUGCCAUCAGCAUGCAUUUAUCCCGCGGCCUAGAAGUAGAAGAAGUAGCGAUUGGUGAAGUGGAUUCCGCAGAUGGAUUGUCAUUGAUGUCCAACUGGGAUGAGGAAUAUCUUGACCUGGACCUUGAUCUCGACCUCAACUCGUCAGAAGCCGGAAUUGCGUCCGUUGAAAUGCCAUUAUCAUCUACAAAUUAA